AUGGCUUUUAGAUCAACCGGUUGUUUGAAGCAGCUUAUAACCAAUCAUUUGCGGGGAAAAGCGACGUAUGCGACCUCAACGCCACCCAGACUGAAAUCCUACGCACCGACAGCUGAUCAUUUCGGGCACUCUCCGCCAAAGAAAAAGGGGGAUUAUGUGGCCAUCUAUGUUGCUGUUGGCAUGAUAGCGUUGGCAACCACACUGGGGGUUCACACGGUGGUGCAACAGGUGCAGAACUCGCCGCAAGUGCGAGUUAACAAGGAAAGGAGGGAGAGUUUACCCGAGAUGGAGGAGCCGGAACGAGUGGUGGAUGAGGCUCACAAGUUCCUGAAGCAGUCCUUUAGGAAAGUUGCGCAUGUUCAGAAGAGCGACGAUGACUAUGCCAUUGAGGAUCCCACACGGGCUGAUAUGUUCGCCGUAACACCAAAGUGA